CUACUGGAUACGAUCAUCGCGUUGGAGGAAAGUGGCGAAGCGGAAUUACGGGAAACACAGGAAACAAGUAGUAAAAAAUUUCAGUACGACCGGGCUAAGGCGGAAGAUGUGAGACUAAAAGCGAUGGAGAAGCUGUCGGAUACGAAGAAAAGAGACUCAUCGGCAGAUGAAAGCGAUGAUAAACCGAAGCGUCAACAAAGAAGUGGAGGUGAUGCCAUCGAAUACUUAACUGAAAGAGCUAAAGUAAGUGACCAACUGAAAGCGGAAGACCUAAAGAUGAGGAAGGAACAUCAAACACUCGAGAGAGAGAAAAUGGAGGUCUUGAGGGAACAGCAAAUGCAAAUGCAACAGCAACAAGCAGACAUGCUGAAAGUCAUGCAACAGCAACAGCAACAAAGCCAACAGCAGUUACUCAACUCUCAGAUGAUGAUGAUGCAGCAGCAACAGCAGCAGUCAAAAGCUUUGAUGGCGUUAUUGGAAAAAAUAACAAAUAAGUAGUUAUUGUUUACAAAGAAACACUUUCAGAUGCAAUUGUUGUUGUGUUAGUAGAGCUUGGAGCUUUGCUUCACAUAAACAUUCUCUUUUGGCUAAUGUUAUUUCAGGCCCUUUAAUUGCUUCAGUGUUGCUACAACUGUUAUAACUUAUAUUUUUGAAAAAUGUAGAAACGGAAAGAACAUAUUUAACCUUUUGUCAUACAAGACAUGUUGAAUAUAGUAUCUCCUAAAAGUUCUUUGGUACAAUAUGUAGCUUUUGUUUUGUUCUCAAGCUGUAAACUUACAAUUAACGAAAAUAGUCUUGCAAUGAUGGAGGGUCGACUCCGAAGUACUCAGCAGUUGUGUUAGAAUAAAGGCAGGUUAAAGCG